AUCAACAACAAAACCUCUCUCUCUUUCACUUUCUCUCUAAAAACCAGAAAAAAAAAAAAUGGAGCUUUCAUCGAGAAAGCCUUAUUUCAUUGAGGAAGAAGAAGAAGAGAAUUUGGCUUCUUCUUUAUCAGAAAUGGAAGCUGGGUUUUCUGGUAACAAUAAUAAUAGUAAUAACCAUGGAAAUCCCCAAAACGGUGUCGUUUCUUCAAGCCGUUUCUCUUACGGUAGAUUAAACAGUCUUAGGAACAGUCAGAGUUAUUAUUACAAUCAAUACUCUGUUUCGUCUCCGAGAUCUGUUGUGUCUGGAAGAUUUCAUGAUUUCAGAUUCGAUAUUCAACAACCUCAUUUCUUGGACUCGUGUUUCCUCUGUAAGAAACCUCUUGGUGAUAACAGAGACAUCUACAUGUACAGAGGAGAUACACCGUUUUGCAGUGAAGAGUGUAGACAAGAACAGAUAGAGAGAGAUGAAGCAAAAGAGAAGAAACAGAAUCUGUCUCAUUCGGUGAAAUCAGCUAUGCGGAGGAAAGAACAAUCUUCACCAACUAGAUCUCGUGAUUAUGCUUUUCACAAUGGAACUGUUGCUGCUGCUUAAUUAAAAAUAUCUGGGAACUUUGAGAAUUAUUAUAAUUAAUUAGGUUAAGAAAAAAAUAAGCUAUAUUGUAUCUAACGCUAUGAAGCUGGUUUUGGAUCCUCUCUCUUUCUCUCGAGAUCUUAAGGAUCUUUUAAAACUUUAGCUUCAAGUCUUGGGAAAAAGAUGAAGAAGCUAAAGAUCCUUUAAUUUUCUUUUCUUUUUUUGUAAGAAAAAAAUAGUUUCUUGACAUGAAAUUUUGGGAGUAUGAGAAGAGAAAAUGUAAAUGCCUAUGUGAAUUAUAAUAGUCCAUGGCAUGUUUGAGUUAUAUUUUUUCUUUUGUUUUUAGAUUUCGGUAUCAAUGUCUUUCGAGGGAUAUACAGAUGUUAAAUCAAAUUUUAAUAUGUUGAAAUAUGAGAAUAUUAUACGAGAAAACAAGAGUAAGCAUUUUUUUUUAACUUGCUAUAUAGUUUUUUUUUUGGUAAGUACUUGCUAUAUAGUUUAAAUGACGUAUUUGUGAUUUGAUAUAAGAUUGAGCAAUAGUUUGAAAUUGAUUCUUUUUGUGGUAAGAUUUGGUGACUUGCGAAAAGUGGGAAAUAAAGGUUUUGCAACUUGUCUCCUCC